UAUGGAGAAUUUGGUGCAAGAGUACCAAAGACCGGUUCUGCCUAUUUGUACAGCUAUGUCACAGUGGGGGAGCUUCUGGCCUUCAUAACAGGCUGGAAUUUAAUCCUCUCUUAUGUUAUCGGUACAUCAAGUGUGGCUCGAGCAUGGAGUGCAACAUUUGAUGAACUUAUUGGGAAAAGAAUCGAACUUUUCUGUAUGCAACACUUCUCCAUGAAUGUGCCGGGUGUUUUAGCCAAAUACCCUGAUAUCUUCUCAGUCGUCAUUAUUUUGGUGCUGACAGGUCUCUUGUCAUUUGGUGUGAAAGAAUCGGCAUUUGUGAACAAGAUUUUCACAUGCAUCAAUGUACUAGUCCUGGGCUUCGUCAUAGUUUCCGGCUUUGUGAAAGGAUCCAUUAAAAACUGGCAAUUAUCAGAAAAGGAUAUCAAUAAUAACAGCAACUCAGGUUUAGUCAAUGAAACGGGAUCGAGUACCUGGGAAUAUGGUACUGGUGGAUUUAUGCCAUAUGGUUUUGCUGGAGUCCUGUCUGGAGCUGCGACUUGCUUUUACGCAUUUGUUGGCUUUGACUGUAUAGCUACUACAGGUGAAGAAGUAAAAAACCCUCAGAAAGCCAUUCCUAUCGGCAUUGUGGCUUCUCUCCUCAUUUGCUUUGUGGCAUACUUUGGCGUAUCGGCUGCCCUCACUCUCAUGAUGCCCUACUUCUUAUUGGACAAAUACAGUCCUCUGCCAGUGGCCUUCGAUCACGUGGGAUGGAGUGGAGCAAGAUAUGCUGUGGCUGUUGGAUCUCUCUGUGCACUUUCUACAAGUUUACUUGGUUCUAUGUUUCCCAUGCCUCGAGUGAUUUAUGCCAUGGCAGAUGACGGGCUGCUAUUUAAAGUUUUAGCCAGAGUCAGUGAAAAGAACAAAACGCCCAUUAUAGCCACAGUUUCCUCUGGAGCUGUUGCAGCAUUGAUGGCAUUUCUGUUUGACUUGAAAGAUUUGGUGGAUCUUAUGUCUAUUGGCACACUACUAGCCUACUCUUUGGUAGCUGCCUGUGUGCUAGUUUUAAGGUAUCAACCAGAGCAGCCAAAUAUGGCUUAUCAAAUGGCCAGCACAAAUGAAGAGCCUGACAUUAAUGAAUCUGUCAGUACCAGUGAUUCUCAGGCUGGGUUUCUGGAUGAGAAAUUUGCUUUCAAAUUGUUGUUCUGCCCAACAAACUCUGAGCCAACCAGGUUAUCAGGAGCCAUAGUAAAUUUUUCUGCUGGUUUUAUAGGGCUGCUGAUUAUCAUAUUUUGUUGCAUCUGUGUUUUUGGACUGGAGUCUCUGGUAAAUGGAAGUGUUUCG